GUUAGCAACGAAACUUUUCCCUCCUGCAAUUUUCUCCUUUGCUUUGUGUGUGAAAAUCACGUAAAUGAUUUUUUCGUAUCAUUUUACACUUUUUACGAAAAAAAAAGAGAAAAUAAUAAAUAAACUUUUUUAAUAAAUUCUCUCCUUUAAAAAAAAUUGAAAAGUUUGAAAAAUAAUCAUUUUCGUGUGAAGAAUUUGAUGAAAAUUUGUGAUUUUGUAAGAGGAGAAAUAUUAAAUUGAACAAGUCAGUUGGUGGAUGUUCCAUCAUAAAUACUUAUAUACAUAAAAGAAGAAGAGAAGAAUUAAUAUUAUUCAUGUGGGGAUUCAUAGCAAUUUAGCAAUGUGAAUUAAUGAGACAAGUUGAGUACUUUGGGGAUUUCAUGUAAAGUGCAUUUGGUGUGUGUUGUGUUGUUUUAAUUGUCUUUUUGCCACACAUCGCGCGCGGUGCAUCUGUUCAAUAUAAAUUAGCGCUUCCAGAAAAUUUUGUGUAUAUAUAUUUUCCAUCUUGUACGGGUUUUUUUUUCUUCCUCUUCGGGAAGGGAGAAUGGGAAAAUAUUCUGCUGGUGCUCCUCAUCCCGGUGCUAGCUGGCGAAGGGAGAGGAAGGUUGCUUUUGCUGCUGCUGCGGCUGCAUGUGUUGUAGCAACGAGAUGAAAUGCGUAAACACUUGUGGGCUCCUCAAUCUAAGAUGCUCCCAUCGUGACUCCUCGCAAGCACCACCAAACCAUCCCAUCGAUCCCAUCAUCGGCUAAACAAUCAAAUAUUUACAUGAAGGAACAUCUCUUCGUUGAUUUUAAUGUGUUGACGCGCACCCAAAGUGGGGGAGGAGUGUGUGAGAAUAAUAAAAAAACUCGCGCGCAAAGUGAUUUUGAGGGUGAACGGUGGAAGCAUUCAGUGAUCGCGUGAAUUUAUCCCAAAUAAGUGGCAAAACACGCGAAUCGAGUGAAGAUCUUCCCAACACAACACUGUGCAAAGAAUAAUUUUGUGAAGUGAAGUGAGAAAAAAGAGGCACAAGAAGAAGAAGGAAGCACAACGUGUGUGUUCCGUGCCAUUUAAAUUAAUCACUUGAAUUUGGUGUUUGUGCAGGAAGUGCAAAAAUGUUGAGCAAUCAUCUCCUUCUACUCCUCCUCAGCUUCAGCUCAAUAAGUGCCACACCACUCAUCAUCACUCUAAUGGACCCAAAUAAUGAUACAAUAAAUGGGAAUCACUUGGAGAGUCUUCCAAAGGAUGAUGGUGGCAAUCUCUUGGAUACUUCACCCACCUUUGGUACACCCAAUGGGUCCGUUGUGAGUGCCCAAGUGGGUGCUACAGCACACCUCCCAUGCACGGUGCAUUCGAAAAUUGACUGGAAAAUGGUCGUUUGGAUACACUGGGGGGCCACGGAUGAGCCUCUUAUACUCUCCGUUGGCUCCUACAUCUACACCGCAGAUAUGCGCAUACAGGUGCAACACGAAGAGAGUAGUGAAGACUGGCCGCUGAGGAUAAGGUCGGUGACAAUGAGAGACGCUGGGAUGUACGAGUGUCAAGUAUCCCUUCAUCCUCCCCAAUCGAUUUUCAUCAAUCUCAUAGUUACUGAGGCCCAAACGGAAAUUGAUGGCCCAGCCCUCAAGUACGUCCAAGUGAAUUCCCCAAUUCGUCUUCACUGCCGCUUGGUGAACAACACGGUGAAAUUUGAGUUCUUGUUCUGGUAUCACAAUGAGCGAAUGAUAAAUUACGACAAGAACAAUGGCAUUAAUAUCAGCAUGGGUGUGGAGUCAAACUAUUCGGAUUUGAUAAUCUAUCACGCACAGAUGGAUCAUUCAGGAAACUACACGUGUGCACCCUCCAAUAUGCGACCUGCCAGUGUCCUCGUUGUCGUACUUCAGACCUCCGAAGGGGACAGCCCUGCGGCAAUCUAUGGGAAAGCCACAACACGAUGCAGCCGUGGAAUCAUUCUGAAUUUCUUCCUACUCCUACUGGUGCAACGUGCCUCAUGACGGCAUAAGCUGAGGCAGCAAUGUAUAUGUGAAUGGAUGGAAAUAAAUCUAUUGAGAAAAUCUCCGCAAAA